GGCGCUCAGAGCAAUCCAAUUAAGGAGCAAAAGCAACCUUAAGACCCCAAGAAACCGAAGUCUAACACCUGGAAAUCGGGAUAGAUCGGCAAGUAACCUCUCAUUGGAACUCCACAGAUUGGCCACGCGAAAAAAAAGGGCUUAUGCUUUAUUAAGACUGGCUUAUAAUAUUCGAAAUGCAAAGAUCAGACAGCUGAACCGAAUAAUAACCCAAAAGCAACUAGAGCAGAAAAAUCGAUCUAAAAUGCUGCGAGAUCGUAGUUACCAACACUUUCGCAAACUCUUUUAUCAAAUGAAUCUGGAAAUGGACAAAGAAAUUUUGCAAGCUCAAAAUGUUUUGACCAUUAAGAAAAGGAAUCGGGAAUAUAUUAAAAGAGAAAUAAAAAUGAUAAAGAAUCUGGCUAAAAAGUCACCUCAGGCAUGGACACACUUUAAGAGUUACAUACGAAGAAUUGAAAUGGCAUUAGCUGGCAUUGUUCCCUUGGAAGAGGCCCUAAAAAGAAGACCUAAAGAGAUCCGAAACGCAGAUCAUAUACCCAAAUCAUCAUUUCCAACCCAUCCCAAAAAUUUUAAAAUUCUAAAGAAAGAUUCUAAAAUGAAUUUCAAGUUUCAGAAAAUGCAGUCUAAAAUCUGCAAUCGAACCCCCUCACCAUCUUGCAAUAUCAUCCAUGGUCCUUAUAGUGUUCCCAAGCCUCUUAACUUUAGAACAACUCACUUAUCAUCAAAGAAAAACAAAAAUGCGUCAAAAAUAUACCUAAAUAUUCAAAAAGAAAAGGAUGGGGAAAGCUCUCAAUUAUUGAAGCUCAGAGAUGGUUUAAGUAAAGACACUCGCAUGAUACGUCACCUUGAAAAAUCUCUGAUUUCGAUAAUAAAUAAAAUACAAAACAAAUGUAACAAGAAGAAAAAAGGAACAGCAGAAGUCACAGUCUAAUUAAAAAGCGUAGUAAAAUUCGCAGCCAAAGUCGUAGUCAGAGUCAAAUUCGGACUAGAAGUCGCAGUAAAACUAGAAGUAAACGCAACCCAACUACAAGUAGCAUUCGAACUUCAAGUGCCAACAAAAAUAGAAAUCAUGUUCUAAACGGCGUUCACAGUCCCACUAAAAAUAAAAGUAAAAUUAGCAUUCAUAUUAGUCAUCGCGAUCCCAGUACAUACACAAGUAUAAGUCGUAGACAAAUCACCAGUCACAGAAGUCGAAGUAAAAGUCGCAGAAAAAUUCGCAAUAAAAGUCGCUCUCGAAGUAAAAGCCGAACUAGUAAAAACCGUAGUAGAAGUCAUAGUCUAAACCGCAGUAAAACCGAAAAUAUUAUUCUCAAUCAAAAUCGCACCCAAAAUAAAACCGAGAACCGUACUAUAAAUCACAAUAAAAUCAGUAGUCAAAGUCACAAUAAAAAUCGUAAUAGAAAACAAAAUCGCAAUAAAAGUAGCCUUAUAAAAAGGAGUAGAAGUCAGAAAGAAAUGAAAACUCUUUUCAAAGGUCUCCCGCAAACGGAAAGUAAAGUUUACAUUUUAAGCCACAUAGAAAGUAAAACAAGUGCUACAAGUAGAAGUACUCAUAUACCGGCUGCAAUCAAAAGAAUGAUGGCUUUGGAUGAAAAAAAGAUUCAUAAAGGUGAGACAACCUCUAGCCACUUGAUGAUCAGGACUAUGCGAAAGUUCAAGAAGUUUAGGAUAAAUGAAUCUAGCUCCAUGGCUUUGGGUGUUAAGGAAACAAAGGCAUCAUCUGGCAUUUUGAGGAAAUCCGGGACAUCGAUCGGAUCUGAGAGCAUUGAAAUUCAAAUAGGAGAGGCUCAGCAAUUGGACGCCAAUCCUGCAGAGAAGCAACCACACUCAGUCGAAGAACCCAAGAAGCAUUUGAACACCAAUCCAGCAGAGAAUCAAUCACACUCUGUCGAAGAAUCAAAGAAGCAAUUGAAGACCAAUCCAGCAGAGAAUCAAUCACACUCAGUCGAAGAACCCAAGAAGCAAUUGAACACCAAUCCAGCAGAAAAGCAACCACAUUUAGUCGAAGAACCCAAGAGCAUAGUGAACUUUUUCUCUGAAAGGAAAAGAUUUUUUCCACAUGAUAAACACAGAAAGCUUUCCAAUGCUUCUGGUUCAAUGGAUGAAGAUGGCGCAGAUGAUGACAUCGCACAUGAAGACCACGAUGUGGAUGGAGAGGAUAAUCAUAAUCUUAUGGCCACAGAACAUGGAUCUGGCGAUGGUCAUGCCGGAAAUAGAAAAUGGGCAGCUUCGCACAGAGUUACCCCUCCCACUCGGUUCACUCAUGAUCUGAUUUCCGGAGCUCACGAUCAUGACCUGCACGAACUUGUGGGAGAACAUGCAGGGGAACUUAAGCAAGUGUUUAGUCUGCUGAUGCAGGACAAAACACCAACCAAGGCCACCGAUCUACUUCUGCUUAAGAGCUACAGUGCUCACUCCAAAACAUAUGAUGAUACGUUGCAGAAGCUACACCAUAGACGCUUGAAGCGGUGUCAUACGGCCUACGAAAAGAUUCUGAACGAGGCGGAGUUCGAGGGACUCAAGAAACAGAUGGAUUCUAGAAUGAGGCGGGUCUUACGGUCCUCGGUCUUCCCGGAAUCAGUCAGUAAAGCCUCGAGUUCCACUGACGACCUUGAGGAUUUGUCGGUAAACAAUCACUACGAUGUCGAAGGUAUACUUAAACGUUGGGAAAAGUUCUUUAAUGAGCAGACCAAAACACCUUUUCAAUUGGAGCUGGAAAGAAAGCAUGAGAAGACUUUGAAGGAAAAUUUAAAACUUCGCAGAAAGCAGAGAUCCCUAUCGCGGGGGUCUUCUCCUUCCCGCAGCAAAAGUCCGCGACGUUUUGAUCUUGCAAAGCAUUUCAGUCAUCCACGAUUGACGGCCCGCCAGCAAAAAGUUGAAAAGCUCAUUUCUCAGUCCCUUCACGCUCUUAGUCCAGUUAAAAACAUCUCCAAGUGCUCCAUAUGUGGUUUAAGUCUUAGUCAUUGCAGCUUAAUUAGCGAUCAUUUGGAAAAAUGCUUUUGUGACUGA